UCGGAGGCGGGGUCGCUGGGCAGGUGCAAGACUCUCAGUUAGGCUGUUUACUCUUCUCCGCCCGCCCAAAGAACCUAGGAAGAGCGUACAGAAGCGAUCUCCACAGGCCACGUGAGAAAAAGAUGAUGUGGCUGACUUUCUUCUCGGGUUUUCCUGGCUCAUGUUAUGGUCACGCGCUUCGGUUCUGUGGAUACUGAAGGAAGAUGGGGCGAGGAGGGUGUUGUUAGCUUGCAUUGAUUUCUCCCUGUUGGGGUUUUUGUUUUGUUUUGUUUUGUUUUGUUUUGCUUUUUUAAUGCUUUGACUAAUUAGACUCUAGACUAAAAGAAGCUUUCUGAGAAUAUGGGCUCCCUUCUUCCCAGCAGUUUUCCUCAAUUCGACGCAAACACACAGUCUGCACAAAGUAUUUUGAAUUCUACAGUUUAUGACCACAGGCUGAUGGCUUUGGAAGGCACAUGUAGGCCUAUGCAAGACCCAUGUACAGGUGACACCAUACAUCAGUCAACAUCAAGGAUGUUCAAGGAACCAUGGCCUUGUCUAACAGUAAAAGUAAAAUGUCGGAAACUGUCCCAAUAAUAAUCGGUAUAGGUGCAUGCUCAUACAGAAAAAUGGGACUGAUGAGCCACAGGGGGUCCCAAGAGGCAGGAAGGAUGUGGAGGGUUGCAGACCCAGGGACACCCUGCUCCUCCAGGCCUCACAGGCCGCACUGGCCCUGCGUGGGCCGGGCAGAGAACGUUCAGGCCCCCACCAUGGGGCGGGAAGCCGUGCGCUGCGGAUGCUGAUUGGCUGGGGGGGCCGUCGCCUGGUGCUAUUUGUUGUCGCUCACGCGCACUUGACGCAGACGGCGUCCAGGCGUCCGCACGUGCAGCCGUUUAAGCCGCGUCGGCGGCCGCGAGGAGCCCAGGAAGCCUGGAGCGGAGAGGACCCUGUAGCUACCAUGGGAGAUGAAGAUUGGGAGGCAGAAAUCCUCAAACCUCAUGUGUCUUCCUAUGUUCCUGUAUUUGAGAAGGAUAAAUACUCUUCUGGAGCGAAUGGAGACACUUUUAACAGGACUUCAGCUUCAUCAGAAAUGGAAGACGGACCUUCUGGAAGAGAUCAUUUCAUGAGAAGUGGAUUUCCCUCUGGAAGAAAUUUGGGAAACAGAGAUAUUGGAGAGUCUAGUAAAAGAGAGAACACACCUACAGCUGGAGGCUUUGGAAGAGGAAAGGGUUUUGGAAGCAGAGGUUUUUUAAAUAACAAGUUUGAAGAAGGUGAUAGCUCUGGUUUCUGGAAAGAGUCUAAUAAUGACUGUGAAGACACUCAGACUCGGAACAGAGGGUUUUCCAAGAGAGGCGGCUAUCAAGAUGGAAAUGAUUCAGAAGCUUCAGGGCCAUUCAGAAGAGGUGGAAGAGGUAGUUUCCGAGGUUGCCGUGGAGGAUUUGGUCUAGGAAGACCAAAUAGUGAAUAUGACCAAGAUCAGGGAACACAGCGUGGUGGUGGCCUUUUUGGUUCUAGAAAACCAGCAGCAAGUGAUUCAGGUAAUGGUGACACUUUCCAAAGCAGAAGUGGGAGUGGACGAGGUGGUUACAAAGGUUUGAAUGAAGAAGUAGUUACAGGCUCUGGAAAGAAUUGGAAGUCAGAAGCUGAAGGAGGAGAAAGCAGUGAUAUUCAAGGUCCGAAAGUUACAUAUAUACCCCCUCCUCCACCAGAGGAUGAGGACUCCAUCUUUGCACAUUAUCAAACAGGCAUAAACUUUGAUAAAUAUGAUACCAUACUUGUAGAAGUAUCUGGACAUGAUGCACCACCAGCAAUUUUGACUUUUGAAGAAGCUAAUCUCUGUCAGACACUGAAUAACAACAUUGCUAAAGCUGGCUAUACCAAGCUUACUCCUGUGCAGAAAUACAGCAUCCCCAUUGUGUUAGCAGGACGAGAUCUGAUGGCUUGUGCUCAAACAGGGUCUGGGAAGACUGCAGCUUUUCUUUUGCCUAUUUUGGCUCAUAUGAUGCGGGAUGGAAUAACUGCCAGUCGCUUUAAAGAACUGCAGGAACCAGAGUGUAUUAUUGUAGCGCCAACUCGAGAAUUGAUUAACCAAAUUUAUUUGGAAGCCAGAAAAUUUUCUUUUGGGACUUGUGUAAGAGCUGUUGUCAUAUAUGGGGGAACCCAGUUUGGGCAUUCAAUCCGACAGAUAGUACAAGGCUGUAAUAUACUGUGUGCUACUCCAGGAAGGCUGAUGGAUAUUAUAGGUAAAGAGAAGAUUGGUCUCAAACAAGUCAAGUACUUAGUUUUGGAUGAAGCUGAUCGAAUGUUGGAUAUGGGUUUUGGACCAGAAAUGAAGAAGUUAAUUUCUUGCCCGGGAAUGCCAUCAAAGGAACAACGCCAAACCCUUUUAUUCAGUGCAACUUUUCCAGAAGAAAUCCAGAGGUUGGCUGGAGAGUUUUUAAAGUCAAAUUAUUUGUUUGUUGCUGUUGGACAAGUGGGAGGAGCUUGCAGAGAUGUUCAGCAGGCUGUUCUUCAGGUUGGCCAGUAUUCAAAAAGAGAAAAACUUGUUGAGAUUCUACGAAACAUAGGUGAUGAAAGAACUAUGGUUUUUGUUGAAACCAAGAAAAAAGCAGAUUUCAUUGCAACUUUUCUGUGUCAAGAAAAAAUAUCAACUACAAGUAUUCAUGGUGAUCGAGAACAGAGGGAGAGAGAGCAAGCUCUUGGAGAUUUUCGCUGUGGAAAGUGCCCAGUUCUUGUUGCUACUUCAGUAGCUGCCAGAGGGCUUGAUAUUGAAAAUGUUCAACAUGUUAUCAAUUUUGAUCUUCCUUCUACCAUUGAUGAAUAUGUUCAUCGUAUUGGGCGUACUGGGCGUUGUGGAAAUACUGGCAGAGCAAUUUCUUUUUUUGAUACUGAAUCUGAUAAUCAUUUAGCACAACCUCUAGUUAAAGUACUAUCAGAUGCUCAACAGGAUGUUCCUGCAUGGCUAGAAGAAAUUGCCUUUAGCACAUAUGUACCUCCUGGCUUCAAUAAUAGCACAAGAGGAACUGUGUUUGCAUCUGUUGACACUAGGAAGAAUUUCCAGGGCAAGAACACUUUGAAUACAGCGGGAAUCUCUUCUUCACAAGCUCCCAAUCCAGUCGAUGAUGAGUCAUGGGAUUAAAGCAAACAAACAUACUUCAAGUCUCAUAGUUUUGAUGCAGAGAAGAAAACAGUUUUAAUUUUUAAAAUUUUAACAGAAGUGUGAAACCUGAUAUUCUUAUAUCUCCUGUUCUUCUGUUCUUACUCCCAACCCUUAAAAAUAACCAGCUACAUUGACGACUAGUUAUGUGAGAUGCUGAAAGUUACAACAUUGCAGUUACUGAUACAAAUGGUGUUAACUGGAAAUAUUAAAGCAUUCUAAAUGUUUCUUAUUUCUAGUAUAUUCUUCAGAAAGUUAAGACAUGUUUCAUGUCCAAGUGCUAAGUCUUAGUAUAGUGCUUAUGAUCCCAUAAAACAAGCAAUAGGAUCUGAGGUACUUUUGGUUAAUUAUUGGGUCUAAUUUCUACUUGAUCCUUUAAAAGAAUAGUGUGUUGGUGCAAUGUGAUAAUAUGAUUUUCAUGAAACAGUGGAAACUGAAGCCUUUCAGUUAUUUGAUUUUUAUAUCAUCAGACAUGUAAUGAAAAUGGUUGUUUGCAAUGUGAGCUCUGUACUUGGUGGUGUGACAAAUGUUUGCUUUUAUAAUAUACAGAUUUUCCUUGGAAAUAAAAGAUGAAACACAUUUCCCCCUAA